UUGAAAGCAGACAUUGUUUUGCGACACUAACCGGAGCAGUCAAACCAAGCGGCUCUCCGCCGACCGAUUUUUAUUGACGGAUCUCAUACUUUGUUUGACCGAGUCGCAAAAUCUGCAGAAAGAACACCAUGAAACUCCUCGCAGUCGUCAUCUGUCUAAGUUGGAUCGGGAGUAUUUGGGGACGUGCGUGCUACGAAUGCGAUCAGACAGACGCCGCCUGCUCGGACCCGUUCAAGGAAGACAACUCCCUUAAAAACAACUGUUCAAAUACGGCAACAUACUGCAUAAAGACAGCGGGCGAGUUCCAAGGCAUAAAGGCAGUCACGAGAGCCUGUGAUGAUGCUGGAACCUGUGCGCAGCAGGGGAGCGGCUGCUUGACGGUGGAUUUCGGCGGCAUUACCGCCACCCAAUGCUGCUGUAACACCGAUUACUGUAACGGGGCCGGCCCAGUGCGCUUGAUGUCCGCCCUGGCCACUGCCUCAAUGGGCUUUGCUGCCAUGCUCAUCGCAAUGUAAAGAGUAGUAAUAACGAACGCCCUCAACGAACCGGCUCGGUAUAUCAGCUGCGCAUGCCCAAAAUGAAAGGCGUUGCGAUCGGAGGUCAUUCGGGGACAUGUUCACGCUCGCGUGCUUUGUUCUCGAAUGUCUUCCCUUCUUUGAAAAGCCACCGACCCAUUAAAAAACAUAGUCUUGCUAUCAGUUGGUGAACACGUUCCAACACGCCAACGUUCCAUGGCAUCAACGGCCAUAAAUACCAUCCGUCCAAAUUCUAAACUUGAUUGUUCAGUGCCACUUUUUAAAACCAUGCUUACAACCUAAUGGCAAGUAAAUGUUUAGAAUGGGGGGGGGGUUAGG